AUGAGAACACAUAGUGGUGAACGACCAUAUCAUUGUAGUUGGCCAUCAUGCUUAUGGAAAUUUGCACGAAGUGAUGAAUUAACAAGACAUUAUCGAAAGCAUACCGGUGAUCGUCCAUUUAGUUGUACCUUGUGUUGUCGAUCAUUUUCACGUAGCGAUCAUCUUAAUUUGCAUAUGAAACGUCAUUACAGCGGUUAUAAUAUGUUAAAAAGUACGAUGUGCUUUAUAGCCGAAUCAACAAGUCGAGAAGAAUUUAAACAAAGAAACGUUACUAAAGAAAAACAAAUAAAAUACAUUGGAAAUGAUAAAGUUAUUAUGUUGUAA